CAGCCACCCACCCCUCUAGCCAUCACCCUCCCAAUCGGUUCAAUGCGACUUCAUUUGACUUUGUAUCAAACUCUCAUGACGCAGCUGCGACCCCAGACCAGCUGAAAUCCAAACCUCCACAGCCUCGCCAGGUAUUUAUGCUUUUCGAUCCCUUCCCAAGUUUUUCACUUCUCUCAACUUCUGCUCGAACUUCGUCUUAUUUCACUUCUCCAGCGCCCGUUUCUUUCGCCCUCGCCAUCAUGCGGCUCUGCAAUUUUCUUCUCUGCUCGCUCGUCGCCAUCGUGCCCGCUUUGGCUCAGGAAAGUGCUGCUAAUUCUACCGCCACAUCCAACUCCACGGCCUUAGCAUCCGCAGCGUCCAGCUCAUUGGCAUCGGUCUCGUCGGAAAUAUCCAAGUCGCUCGCUUCCGUCUCCAAGUCUGCCGCCUCGGUUGCUGCUUCAGCCUCCAAUUCGGCCGAAGAUGCUGAAAACUCCAUCGCUGCGAGCUUCAGCUCGGCCAAGUCUGCAUUCUCAGCCAGCCUCUCCAGACUAAGCUCGGAGGCUGCCACCGGCAAUACCGCCGCGGCUGCCACUCUCUCGUCUCUGACCUCUGCCGCUUCCUCCAUCCUUCACAGUAUCACCACCGAGGCUGCCAGUGCUUUGAGUGCCGCUACGAGCGAGGCCGGUUCUAUUACUUCUGCCGCAUCAUCUGUACUCAAUUCGGCCGUUUCCUCCGCGACGGCUACCGCGUCCUCUACCACCAAUGCUGCGGCGGUCAUGCCUACUGGGUUCGGUGUUGCCGGGGCUGCUUUGUUGGGGCUUGCUGCAUUUUUGUGAACGACAAUGACGUCAUGAACGGGAUGGGAUGGGAUGGCACAGGAUCGGGAGUGGCAAGUCUUCAGAGCGAACAUUCAAAUGGAGUCCAGGCCUCGGGGUCUCGUGAAGCUGGGAGGAGACAAAUACAAAACUUCCAUGGGUUUGGGAAGAGGCUAUGGCGUAUCAUAACGGCCACAGAAUGCCGGGAUGAGCUUUCAGUUUCUGCUAUCAUUUCUGCUAGAAGGCUGCGCUGUAAUGGUAAAACAAUGGGUCAUGAGCACUUGCUGACAGACAGUUAUUACUGAAUAAUGCCAUCGCGGCCUUAGACUCAGUCUGUGGCUCUUAUCCGCUCGACAA